AUGGCAUCCCCCAGCCAGGUCAUCGUCGUCGGAGGCGGUCUCGCCGGAUUCUCUGCCGCUAACACGGUAUUGGAGAAUGGCGGCAACGUUCUCUUAAUUGAUAAGUCUGCCUUCUGCGGCGGUAAUUCUUCCAAGGCUACCUCUGGUAUCAACGGUUCUUGCACUAGAACUCAGAAGAAGCUCGGCGUUGAGGAUUCCAACGAGCUCUUCGAGUCCGAUUGCAUGAAGGGUGGCUCCAAGAGCCCCGAACUCAUCAAGACCAUGGUCGAGCAUUCCGGUAACUCCGUCAACUGGUUGAUGGAUAACUUCGAUCUUGAUUUGUCCCUUCUCGCCCGUUUGGGUGGUCACUCCGCUGAGCGUACCCAUCGUGGUAAGGAGCGCUUCCCUGGUAUGACCAUCACCUACGCCCAGAUUCAGAUGGCUGAGGCUAUUUCCAAGGCCCAGCCCAGCAGGUGCCAAAUUAUCAACAAGGCUCGUGCCACUGAUCUUAUCAAGAACGAGAAGG